GUUGAGCACACGCGUGAUAACGAGAUCAAUGUUAUCAGUCGUACCAAGGCAAUGUACAACCUUCUAUUGUCAAUCUCACACUGACCUACUUAUCUGGACUGUCCGAUCAACAGAAUGUUGAGUCUCCUGAUCGUGUGUCUUCUCUGUGUGCCGGCUGUGUCCGUACUACAUGGGAGGGAUAACGGCGUGUGUACUGUGCCCCAAAACACCAACACAGGCCCGACUCGCCCUAAGCUUCCGCCCGUCUACUCCGUGCACACUGAGUGCAACAUCUUGAACAACGACUACACCAUCGACACUCAGGAAUGGUACGACGGCAGCAACAACAGGGCCCUGCUGUCACAGACGUCCGAUGGCCAGAGGGCUCUGGGCUACUACGACUAUAACCACAAUGAGCUGCUUGUCGUCAACCCCCAACCUGCUUCCGGAUACCCAACGUGCAAAGUCCAGAAUCUCGCCACAUCCGACAACAACUUCUUGUUUGGGUUGCAGAGGUUCCGAAAUGGAUCGGAUGGGACAUAUCCGGCAGGUAGCGCUUUUGAGUUUGGCGGGAAUAUCCCCGAGCAGUACCUGGGUCACGUGACGGUGAGAGGCAUCCAGACUGACGCGUGGAAGUCCUGUGUGUACUGGAAGUCACUGGACGCCACCAUGAACGUCACGUGGUACUACACAGCUCAGAACAACUGGCAGACGGCCUCGAACACCAAACAGGUUCCGGUGCGAUGUCAUGUGACCGGAAGACGCUACACAGAUGCGACAACAUCUUAUAACUUCGACCACAUAUACGAAUUCUCGGAUUAUCUCCCCUACAUUGACCUUGGUCCAACAGUUUUCGAGGUGCCCGACAACACGAUCUGUCCGGGGCGGAAUAACACGAAGCCCUUCCCCAAGUACAGUGGUUACUUCAAGAUGAAGUCGGAGAUGGUAGUGCCGACAUCCAACUUCGUCAGCUUUCUAUGGGAAUGGUACGACUUCUCCACGAAGAUGUCCAAGUUUCAGUACCGGCCGGCGCCCACAGCAGCCGUCUACAGCACCCACAUGGUGUCCGAGAUACACGACUACAACACAGGUACAGCCUAUGUGAUUGACUCUGUGGGCGGCAACUGUACUGUCAGCGCCGUCAAUGGUUUGGACGCCGUCAACGUGGACCCAACUCACGUCAAGAUGGUGUCAACACAAUACUAUAAGAACUCCAUAUCUGGAACUCUAGCUUACGAUGGGGUGAGGUCAGUGCGUGGGAUUGACUGCGACGUAUGGGUGGAGGAACGGAACGACUGGCCGGCCCGGGGGUCAGGCGUUAACUCAACGUGGGAGUUUCUGUUCGCCACGCCACUCUGGUUGUUUCAACAUGGCUUCGGAAACAACUCUAUACUUCCGGUCCAGCUGUCAAUCGCCGCGGCAUCGGUGAAUUUCUACACCACCUUCAACAUCUACGAGUACGACGACGACGAGCCGUCUCUCCUUGACUUUGACAUCACACCUUGCUUCGGCCCCAACCACAAGAAGGAUAUAAAGUUUAUUUUACCAGCUCAGUAUAGUAAGCUCGUGGCAGAUGAACUGACGAUGUUCCGUUAUUUCAUCUUGGUGACAGUGGCAGGCUACACCACUAUCUCUCCCAUCAGAAUAACAAACAUCCAGGUGGAUUUUCUGGACAGCAAGGAUGUCCUGGUGUCGUUCCGACUGCUGGACAAGGCCCCCCUCCCCGGCGAUGUCGCUAACCCCGUAUCUCAGCUGCCAUUGCAGGACGCAGUGGACAUUCUCAAAUACGGCAUCAACUCCGGAAACUUCACCAUCAACAUCAACGGAGUUAUAAUGAAGCCACGCCCCUACUCUGUGAGUGCUAAGGACACGGUGAUAGUGGAGCAUCCCUGGAAGAACGUCAAGCUGGAGUAUACGGGAGGGAGCGUGGUCGGCCUGGGGAUAGGGAUGCUGGUGGCGUCGUCUGUCGCCGGCUUCAUCAUCUACAUGGUCAUCAGGAAGAAGACGGUCAUGAAACAGCAGCUGUGUGCGGUGAACUGUAUCAAUAAAUGCAUCGGGUGUCCACACUUCCUGGGACGAACAAGGAAGACACUGGUGAUGGCCUGACGGCGUCCACAUAAAACUGUUGUUUGAAAGUAGACAUAUCAUUGUUGUUUUCAUUACCACCAGAGACGUAUAUAAUGUAAAUAUUCUCUUGAAUAGAUUCUGUUUAACGCAUGAAGGACAUGUUUGGUUAUUUGAAUAUACUGCAAGUCAAAAGAAAGUAUACACUUAUGUUAGAGGGUGGUUAAAAUGAAACAAGAAAUGGUUGUUCUAAGGUAUUCCAUGUGAUACGGGUAUAAAUGUUGUCUUGGAUCUCAAGUUUGCAGUGUUUCGGUGACUGUUUUCAGCCCAGUAACGUUAUGGUAAUUGUUGUAUCAAAUCCUGUUUUCAAGCGUAUACUUUCUUUUGCCCGUCAGUUUAGAUGCAAUGUAUCAUCGUGUAACAUUAUUCUUUAUAAAUGAUACUUUUAAUCAAAA